AUGUCAGAAUUAAUAAUCAAAGAAGAAAUAUUAGACGAUCAGAUUCAAGAUGAAAAUAAACCUUCAUUUAAUGAGCAACGCAUUAAAAUAGAAGCUGAAUUACAUUCAGAAAUAAUAAUCAAAGAAGAAAUAUUAAAUGAAAAUGAACAGAUACAACAAGGUGAACAAAUUCAUACGGAUGAGAAAGCUUCAUUUAAUGAGGAACGUAUUAAAAUAGAAACUGAAUUACAUUCAGAAAUAAUAAUCAAAGAAGAAAUAUUAAAUGAAAAUCAACAGAUUCAAGGUGAACAAAUUCAUACGGAAGAGAAACCAUUCUCUUGUGAUAUUUUUCACGUAUGUGAUAUUUGUGACAAAACAUUUAAUGUGAAAUGUCGUUUAAUUGAACAUCAACGAAUUCAUUCAGACGAAAAACCUUUUUCGUGUGAUGUUUGUGACAAAAAAUUUAAAUUUAAAAGUAAUUUAAUGCAACAUAAACUAACUCAUUCAGAAGAAAAACCAUUUUCGUGUGAUGUUUGUGAGAAAAAAUUUAAGACUAAAGGUAAAUUAAAGCUACAUAAACGAAUUCAUGUUGUAGAUAAUGCAUUACCGUGUAAAAUGUGUCAGAAAAAAUUUACAGCGGGAAGAAAUUACAUUUUUCAUAAACGUCGUCAUUCUGGAAUCGAAUCACAUUCAUGUAAUGUUUGUGGUAAUUCAUUUAUUCAAGUAGUUUGA